GGAGAGCUGAGGAGGGGGAGCUGAGAGGGCUGGGGGAGGGGGACUGAGGGGGGAACCAGAGGGGAGCUGCCGCCACCGGGCACUCUUGGGAAUCCGCCUUGGCCGAACCUGGUGGGCGCCCAGAAUGUGCCGGCAGCGGGAGGAUCUCUCUGGCGGCCGUGCCCCGGUCAGGGACCGCAUUGUGCUGUUUUGCUACAGGGGGAAAAAUGGCCUCUCGGCGGAUCACACGGGAGACGUUUGAUGCCGUGGUGCAGGACAAAGUUAAGAGGUAUCGCAUGGACCGGACUGAUGCUAUGGAAGACCCAAUCCAUCAUUUUAAAGCUCAUUCAAGGCCUGUCCCAAGACCAAGAUACGAAGACAAUUUCCAUGAUGAUGGAAGAUACGACAAUGCCCAGCACCAUCCACACGAUGACUGGAGCGAAGACCCUAGAGAUGACUAUCCGGGACCUUCUUACAGAGCUGCGAGCCCUCUCAUUAGGAAAGAUAACUAUUACCAUGAACAGUACGGCCGCCCAGUGACUCGUGACCGGGAGUUUGGCCACCCAGCAUCUCGAGAUCGGGAAUUUGGCCGCCCAGCUACGCAUGACCGGGAGUACGGGCGCCCAGCUACGCAUGACCGGGAGUACGGGCGCCCAGCAUCUCGCGAUCGGGAGUACGGGCACCCGGCCUCUCACGAUCAGGAAUACGGGCACCCCGCGGCUCACGACCGGGAGUAUGGGAGCCUGGCUUCUCACGACCAGGACUACGGGCAUCCCGACUCUUGGGAAUCCACGGGACCGCAUGAAACUGACUUUAGUUCUGCAGAUAUUUUAGGUGAUUUUAGAUCGCCGGGGCUCAUGGAAGAUGAAUAUGGCAACAUGGAAAGCCAGGAGUAUGAGGUGGAGUUUGGAAUUCAGUCUGACAGCGAGUUCCGACCCCCGGUGCGGAGGGGCAACAUUGGCAGGGGAAGAGUUCUGCGAGGAAAGCGCAUUGUGAGGGGCGCUGCUAAAACUAAAAUAUUCAAAGGAGAUAUCAAAGCUCCCCUAAAGAAAUGGAACGCUAAAAAACUGCAGCCAGGCCCUGAUCAGAAGCCUGUUGUGCAACCUGAUCAACUGCCAGAAGCUGCUGAACGGCCUAACCUGAGGCCGGUGCCUAUCCAGCGCCCUAAUCAAAAGCUGCCUCUGCGACCUAAUCAGAGGCCAGCUAUAACAACCCAGAGACCUAUCCUCAGGCUUCCGAAGCCUGCGCACGUUUUUAGAAAUCUCAAUUUUGACCUUGUGGACAAGUCAGACAUUUUCUCAACGUUUGGAAUACAAAUCAUAAAGUGGGCUGGAUUUCACGCAAUAAAAAACGAUGCGGAAUUUUCCCGGCUCUUUGGAGCUCUCUUUGAGCUGGAGACGGAAACCUGUGCGAAAAUGCUUGCUUCGUUCAAAUGCUCCUUAAAGCCAGAACACAGAGAUUACUGUUUCUUUACUAUCAAGAGUUUACAACAUGCUGCUUUGAAAACUCCCAAGGUGGACAAUGAAUUUUUAAAUAUGCUGUUGGACAAGGGUGCUGUGAAAACAAAGAACUGCUUCUUUGAAAUAAUAAAGCCUUUUGAUAAAUACAUAAUGAGGCUACAAGACCGCCUGCUAAAAGGUGUUACACCUCUGCUCAUGGCCUGCAAUGCUUACGAGUUAAGCAUUAAGACCAGUGGUUUUGGUAACCCCAGAGAAAUGGCAAGUGCUUUUGAAACCACUGUUUCUCUUUGUCGUAAGUCUUUGGCACUUCUGGGUCAGACCUUUGCCUUAGCAUCUGUUUUCAGGCAAGAGAAAAUACUUGAAGCUGUAGGGCUCCAGGAAAUGGCUCCAGCACCAACACUGUUCCCCAAUUUUGAUGAUUCCACGUUGUUUGGAAGAGAGUACAUUGAAAACUUGAAGGCUUGGUUAGAGAAAAGUGGAUAUCCAAUUCAGAUGAAAAAAGCUGAAGCAGAAUCCCCAGUACCGCUUCAAAAACCCUCUCCUGACACUAAAGUUACAAUCCCCCAGCGAGCUGAUCGGAAAAUUGUAGAGACAAUUGAACAGCUAGUGAAUAGCAUUGUUUCGGGAACCUUGUCUGCCAAAGAGAGAAAUGCUCAAAAGAACAGUCCUGAAUACUGGUUCUUGUCUGAUGAAGAUAGUCUAGAAUACAAGUAUUAUAGGCUCAAGCUAUCAGAGGUGCAAAGACGGACAUCAUCGGGAAAAGAGGCAGGUGGUGAGGGCAGAACGCUAGAGGAAGCUGCAACAGAAUCGGUCAGAGCUAUGUUGUAUGCCAGGAAAGUCGCAAGUAUUAAGAGAAGGCUAUUUAAAAGGAAAAGGCUGGGAAUUAUUGCACAACAUGGAAUUCGAGGAAGGAAGGUGAGGAGAGCAACCAUAGGGACACAGACUGUGCUUUCAGCUGGCACAAUGCUGAAACACCAAGACAAGCAUCUUCAAAGUUCAGUCGAAUCAAAGUCUAUGUCAGAAACCAACACGUCUGAGAAGAAUUCUUCCCUUGAUGCAACCUCAUCUUUACAAUGUGCCACCAGUUCAGAGGCCCCUCUGCCAGCAGAAGAAAAGGCGGAUUCUGAAGAUUUAUUGGCACCAUCUGAACUUUUCCUACCGUUGCCCUCUCAGUUUCCUGAUGUGGAUGCUAAAACGAUGGAAACUGCUGAGAAGCUUGCCAAGUUUGUUGCUCAGGUAGGACCAGAAAUUGAGCAGUUCAGCAUAGACAACAGUGCAGAUAACCCAGAUCUGUGGUUUCUACAGGAUCGAAGCAGUUCUGCUUUCAAGUUCUACCGAAUGAAAGUCUAUGAGUUAUGUCCAUCUAUUAACUUCAGUGCUGUGCCAGAAGCAACCGAUGCUGGGGAAAAUGCUAAACCUGAAGAGAGAAAUUUGGAUAUUUCAGAAGAGGAGGAGGAAGAUGAAGAAGAAGAGGAGGAAGACAAUGAGGAGGAAGCUGAGUUUGAGGAGGAUAUUUCUCGACCUUUGGAAGAAAUGGAGCAAGCAGAGGAGGGAGAAGAGGAUGAUAUCUCAGCAGGUAGAAGUGCGGAAAACCUUGCUGAAGAGUUGAUUUCCAAGACAGGAGAAGAAAUUUCGACAGGUGAAAAGCAGCUAGCUACAUCAUCUGAUGGUGCUAUACCAAAUCUGUCAACACAGGCAUCAACUCCUGCUCCUGGUACCCUAUUUCCACGCAAACGAAUUAGCAGCAAAUCUCUGAAAGUUGGUAUGAUUCCUGCAUCUAAAAGGAUAUGCCUCAUAGAAGAACCAAAAGUGCAUGAACCUGUCAGAAUUGCUUAUGAUAGGCCUCGUGGUUGCCCAGUUACAAAGAAGAAGAAGAAACCAAAAGAUUUAGAAUUCUCACACAAGAAACUAACAAACAGGAAUGUAGGUUUCCAGAUGCUUCAGAAGAUGGGCUGGCAAGAAGGACAUGGCCUGGGUACACGAGGAAAAGGAAUCAGAGAGCCUGUAAAAGUGGGUGCUACCUCUGCAGGGGAGGGCUUGGGUGUUGCAGGGGAAGAAAAUAAAGAAGAUGCAUUUGAUGUUUUCCGUCAAAGAAUGAUACAAAUGUACAGGCAGAAAAGAGCAAGUAAAUAGUCUUCCUUUACCAAGAAAAUAUGGUUGUUUCCAUGAGUAUAUCUGGCUUCUUAACGUUUCAAGAAAAUCCAGCCCUGCCUUGAACUGCUGAAUUACCCCAAAUCUUACUUUCUAGGUAUGACAUAAAGAGACUGGCUCACUAGAAAGUGCAUGGAUAUGCAAAGGCUGCUGUGUGAAAGAUCUUCAGCAGAGUAUGCCAGUAUGAAGAACUCUUUGUUCUAUAGUAGUGGACUUGAACACUAAUGUAUUAAAACAUUUUCCAAGAUUAAAGUUAGUCUUGUAUUUAAUUGUGCAAGCUAACAACUUGGAUGUCAUCUUCUGAGGAAGAAACAACUGAUUUUGUUCUUGGAAGUGCCUGUUUACCUAUCUCUUUGGCCAAGUUUGCCUGUUUUGUGAUGAGAUGGCUUACUACAAACAGAAUAAGCAACAUUAAAAUUAUGACUAGCCUGCUUCGGCUCUGUUCCUUUCUGAAGCCAAGAACCUUCUCAAAUUCAGAUCUUAAUGCAAGGCAGUCCAGUUUAUAUUUUACUACAUUUUGUUGAUGAGCUAAUCUUCUGAUUCACUUCUGGAGUCUGCAUAAAGCAGUUUCUUUUCCUCUACACACCAAUUUCAAGAAGAAUCUCUACCUGUGUACUUAUUUUAUAUAGGAUUCUAUACUUUAAGUGUAGGAUGAAUAACUGAGUUCAUCCGAGUCUGAGAACACUAAACUCUUCCUUGAAAACUUCGGCUGCUAAGGUUUUCCAUUGUAGCAAGCAAGCAGUACGUAUUUUAUGUGUAAUUUUUGAUUUACACAAAUUUGCAGCUCUUGUCCAGCAAAUUCUUGAAUAAUCUCUUUCCUUCUCAAAGAAGUUUUAAAUCAUGACCAAGUGCAAUCCAUGUGUCUGCAGAAAAUGCUGAAGGAAGAUAACUUGGAAGUCAGAUAAUCAGAAGCGGAGCAUCAGUUUUUUAAGACCAUCAGUUUAGAGAGUUAUUUCUGUUUCUAUUAAACAUUUGCUUUGCAGAAAUUAUUUGACUGGAAAAAAUCCCAAGAAAUAAGACAAAAAGCUUGUCAUUCUGAGGGACUAUUCCUGAACAUACUGAAAGGGAAGACUGGAUUAAUCUACUCUGCUUCAACAAAAAGCAAUUCCUAACUUCUUGGUGAAGCAGCUCUGAAGACAUGCAAGUUUUAGCAGUGUUACCGCAAACAAACGUUCAAGGUCUGAUCAUUCAUCUCUUUCAGACUAGCACAUCCAUAAGAGAGAGAUCUGUGACUGGAUUACUGAAAGUGACAGAAUGUAAUAUCACACUUUUUAGCAUACUCCUCCAUCAUUACCUUUCAUAAACAAGUCAAAAAGUCUUCACUUGACUGUUACAGUACCAAAACCUACUUCACUGACAUUCUCUUUAAAGAGUUUAUCUUGAGCUGACGCAUGUUUUGCUUACUAGGAUUGAGUGCUGUCUUGCUGAUGUUUUCAUCCUGCAUCAUGCUUCUUGCAGAGCAAAGAGCUUGUGGUACACCACUAAUAGCACCCCACAGUAAUGUGGCAGCAUCUCAAGUUCCUAACUGACAAAUACGCAAGAAAAUGUGCUCUUCAGUUAUCAACUUGCCUGUACCUGCUGUUUAAAGAACAAAAUUAUACUCUCUCUAUUAAAAAGCCUGCUGGUUGAAAGGGAGUGUCUUCGUUUUCAUUCUGCAGCAACAAAACUUUUCUUGCCUGUAACAACCAGUUUUAGUUAUGAAUGCAAGUUUGUUUUUUUUCUUUACAGUAUGAGUCUGUGAAACCAAAAGAAACGAUACCAUGUCAUGGUGUAAUUUUCUGAUCACUCAGUUUUAGUUGCUUUGAAGCACAUGAUCAGUAAAUAAAACCAUAAUGGCAGGUAUAGAAAAAUACCAUGCUGGUAGCUCUGUUUUUCCAUGAGCAUCACGUCUUCACCUUUACGUUACAAGAAGCUGAAGCAUGAAGGCCAGAAAUACAAACGAGUUUAUCUGGUUAUUACACUUGAUUAAAGGACAGGUUAGGGGGUUCUUGUAGGCUUUACUUGAAAAUACUUAAAAUCCAUGAAUGUUUUGGACCACAGGCUACUUUAAAGGUCAUCAGUUAUGGUAUUUGGCAGCGUGCACUUAUCUGUUAAGUUCCCAUUUGGAUUUGUUCUUCACUGCCUCUCUUUCUUUCCUAUGCCUGUUCAGCAGUUACGCAAUGUAAAACUCGAGCCUUUCGAAAAGGAGAUCUGUCAGUCACAGCCUGUUUUAGAAUGACAGUCUGGAACCAAUAUUGUUGGCUUCUGAGCUAUUUCUCAGAUCCCCUCAGAAGCUUUUCUUUUAUAGUUUCAUUGAUGAAGCUGCCAGUAUUGCUGUUCACGAUUUUUAUUUCCUUGCAAACUUCCAGUUCACCUCUUCUUUGACAUUCACAUUUUGGAAGCAUUCUUGAUUAUAUGUUACACUCCUUGCAAAAAAGGCACGAGGCAAAGUGUAGUUUCACUUUGGAUUGAAAUCCACUGAUCCCAGAUCAGCAUUCUGUGCUACUCUGAUUUAACCCGAGUUUGUUGGGCAUAGUACCAUUUGGGGUGCAUUUGCUAAACACCUACUUACCCAAUCUGGGAAAACUGUUGGUAUCCAGAUUGGAAAAUGGUACCUUCCUUUCUGAUUGCAAUUCAGAGUAUAAUGCUGUCUUGAAAAUAAAGGUGAACAUUGGGAAAAUCUUAAUCUGCUACCCUGGAUGACUGUAGUAGUAUGGUCUUUCUUGUGCCAAACUUUAAUUUUGGACAAGAUAUCAGCAGAGCAGUAUUGGUGCUGAGAUUCCAGUGUUGCUCUCAAAGUGGGUUGCCAUUUGCCACUUUUAUCUUGUGUUACCAAGAGAUGACCUUACGCUCCUUUUCCAAAAGGAAUUUCCUUUUAUUUUGACCUGCUUUUGCAGGCAGCUCUGAUUUGAAAAUUUAAAUACGUGUACAUGUGAAACGUUUGUUAUGCAGAUACAUUGCCUUGUUUAAAGUUUACUAGCUUCUUUUCUGUUAUUUUAGUUCCAGGCUCUCUUCCAUGAAGACUGCAAGCUUCAGUGAACAUUUUAACUAACUUCAAUGGUGUGUCUACUGUCUUUUUUUUUUUUUUUUUUUUUUCCAUUAAUCUUGUAGAGCAAUUUGCUAGUUUCUGUUCCGUACAAAUUGGCAGUAGUGCUUAGCUAGUAACUUUAGCUGCUUAUGUUAUUGGGUAACUGACAUUUCUUUUUAGUGUAAGUAAACAUGUUAGCAUUGUUAAUCUUUUAAUAUCUGCAAUAAAUGUAGAACUAAACAAUUUCUGGUUUAAAUGUUUUGCUUGUGAAUUUGGCCAUUUGUAAGAGAUAUGCAUCAUUUUUUGGCACUAACAAGUGGAAUUGAGAUUAUGCAGUGUUACAUUAGUGUAAAGCAGGAUUUUAUAGUGUACGAGGGAAGGAAGGUCCCUCUGUUUCUGUGCUGCUAAGUGUUUCUGUUGAGAAUACCCACUAAAUAAUUUCUUAGUCACUGUUUCAUGUGGCUUCCAGUGCUUUAAACCCAUACACAGCAGUGUUACUCUCCACAGGAAUGCCAAAACCAAGGUGCCCCAGUCAGAAUGUAAGAGUUUUACCCUUUGUUCACGUAUCCCAGGAAUUAGAUGUCUCUCUGAUUUCCUUUGUGUACUGACUUUAAGAGAGCAAAGCUUUCUCUUCACAUAUGUGUGUGGUUUACUGUUGCCUUUAAAUUCACAUUCCUUUAUAAGACAGGAUAUGAGGGGGGAAAUUGCAACAAAAUGAAAUUUAACAAUUGUGCAGCCACCUUCUAUUUAGAGGUGAAGUGAGAGUGUUUAUUUGCUAAAGAUGCCGGCUAGGUCUCCUGUCCCUUGCUUUUAUACUGACAGCUGUGGCAUGCUUUACUAGACAAGCUGAAGUCCUGGCUAUACCUUUUUCUUCCUUUUCCUCCUUUGCCUUCAACAAUUUAUUAUAUGUAAGGUUCUAGAAAAAGGGAUGUUUGCUCUUGUUGGAGAGAAAUGAGGAGAUCCCCAUUUUGGGAAAGAUGCUCUAACAGAGUGAAAGAACUAUAGUUAAUAAAAAACACUGUUUGGAGUAAUUGUGUUGGAGUAAUAUGGAUUUUUUUUUUGCCUUCAAGGCUUUUAUUUGGUGUAAUAUCAGUGACGUUUUUCCUAUUUAUUGGUUUUUGUUUGUUUAUUUUAGACAACACUACAGCAUCCUUAGUGUGAACACUUAAUCUGUGCUGAGAUGUUACUUCUCAAAAUCAAUGUAUAGUAUUUUUUUUCUAUUUUUUUUUCUAUUGAUAUUCCAUUCUGCUUUAAAGUUAAUCCUGAUGUAUGGUGCCCAAAGAAAGUCUGGACUCAGAAAUUCAACUACUGUUAUUUUGGAUCGUUUUCUAUCCUACAAGCAGGUAUAUUUUCUAAUUGAAAAUGAACUCCUGGAAGUGCUGUACCAUCUGUCAUUCUGCAUAUCUCAUGACUGAGUGGCCAAUCACAACCAGACUGUAGAUUUGAGCAAUAAUAAACACCUGAAAUGAGAAUAUGCUCAAAGAACAAUAGGGUACUUCUGAAAUAAAUAGUUUUUGUGAUCCUUGUUACGUAGGUAACUUGCUGGAUUGCAGCAAGCGUGGAAAAUGUUUGCAUUAUCUGUGGGCAAUAAAGUUACUGCUGUUUAAGAAA